AUGUCUUUUCGUGGAGGUGCGCGAGGUGGUGGACGUGGUGGUGGCCGUGGGUUUAGCGGCGGUCGAGGUGGCGGCCGUGGCUUCGGCGGACGCGGUGGUGGACGCGGCGGGUUUGACGAAGGCCCGCCUGCGACCGUUGUAGAGCUUGGCGUGUUCCUCCAUGCGUGCGAAGACGAAAUGGUGUACAAGUCCACGAGCGACAAGGUCCCGUACUUCAACGCUGGUGCGUUCUUGGAGAACAAGACCAAGAUUGGCAAAGUCGACGAAAUCCUCGGCGCGAUCAACGACGUGAUGUUCACGGUGAAGCCGGACGCCGGUGUCGCCCCCAAGUCCUUCAAGGCUGGCGACAAAGUAGCUCUGGAGGUGGGCGUGGUGCUGCGGGCGGCCGUGGAGGUCGCGGCGGAGGCCGAGGUGGCGGACGCGGUGCCGGAGGACGUGGCGGUGGCCGCGGCUUCGGUGGCGGACGUGGCGGAAGCUUCGGAGGUGGACGUGGAGGCAGCAGCUUCGGCGGACGUGGCGGUGGUGGCCGUGGAUUUGGCGGCGGUCGCGGCGGUGGACGAGGUGGUCGAUUUUAGACUAAGUAUGUAA